AUGCAAGGCCGUGGUUUAAAAAGAAAACAAGAGGCCGAGAUCGACCCGAGACUAGCACCCUUCGGGGGGUUUUUGCAGGCUAGAGGGGCUGAGGGUAUGUUUUGCGCCAGCCUACUGCAGGUGCUGGCGGUAUUCAUGGUCAUACCGGCACCGAGCCGGUUAUACCAAUAUCUAAAGGACCAAUGGGCCCAUAUGGGCCAUCCACGACUAACGCAAAUGUUUAACGCCGCCACUCUGGACCGCGAUGACGACGACUUACUGGAAGCGCUGUGCCAGAUGCGCGGCAUAAUGCUCCUGGUGCACCCACUUAAUACGGGUGCACCCAUUAAAAUAUACGGACAAAGCCGCCUAGUAUUUGAGGCGGCUCAAUAUAACGGAGCUUAUGCCGCGCUACUAACUUCAACUAAUACCGCAACUAACCCGUCGCCCAAACGACAAAAAAUAACGACUGACCUCACUGACCCAUCUAACCGACCUGGACCAUCUAACGUGCCACUAAUGAAGCACCUGAAACCAACUAACGCAGUGCCGACAAUAGUAACAUACGCUACAUCACCAAUUAACAACGACUCACCAGCAACAACCUCACGUCCGGGCCUCUGA